AAAAAAAGAAAAAGAAAAAUGAGUGGGAGCAGCCGAGUGUUCUUGGGCGUACCCACGCUCGCUUCAUCUCAACUCAGAUUCAACUCUUUCCGUACAAUAACAAUAACAUCAACCCCGAGUUCAAGGGUUUUUGGUAUGGCUUCAGAAGCUUCUUCUUCUGCCAAUGGGGAUGGAGUCUCUGCUUCUUCUGCAAUCGAUUUUCUCACUCUCUGCCACCGCCUCAAGACGACGAAGAGAGCUGGAUGGGUGAAACGCGAGGUGAAUAAUCCGGAGUCUGUGGCUGAUCACAUGUUCCGAAUGGGAUUGAUGGCUCUCAUUGCUUCGGAUAUGACUGGUGUUGAUCGAAACAAGUGCGUAAAAAUGGCGAUUGUUCAUGAUAUUGCAGAAGCCAUUGUUGGGGACAUAACCCCUUCAGAUGGGAUUCCAAAGAUGGAGAAGAGCCGACGAGAGCGGGAAGCAUUAGACCACAUGUGCAACUUACUUGGUGAAGGAUCAAGAGCCAAGGAAAUAGCUGAGUUGUGGACAGAGUACGAGGAGAAUUCUUCAUUAGAGGCAAAGGUUGUGAAGGAUUUUGACAAGGUGGAAAUGAUACUUCAAGCCUUAGAAUAUGAAAAUGAGCAAGGGAAGGAUUUGGAUGAGUUUUUCACCUCAACCGCUGGCAAGUUCCAGACCGAAGUGGGCAAAGCUUGGGCCUCAGAAAUCGCAUCAAGAAGGAAAGAACGCUAGUUCAUCCUGGAAACCUGUUGUUGCAUUUUUUAGUUGUUGUCACACUACCAGUACUUGUUCCUGAAGAGCCAAUUCAUGGCAUGAAGGUUCGCUGAUCAAAUGCUUAGGUUUUAACGCAAUGUUAGUAUUUUAGUUCUAAUGCCAACUGCCGUCGCCCAGCAAACAAGCUAGAAAUUAAUUUGAUGAGAAGCUGAAUUUUAAUGGAAACUAAAAGUCUUGCCAUUUUUAAGGAUGUGAGGCAGAAGUUACUUUUAACGCUCAUUCCUAUGAGAAAGCCUCGUUCCUUUUUGUUAUUUGGAACCGAAAGACACGAAAAGAAAAGAAAAGGCCUUCCCUCUGAAAAGAGGACCACUUCA